UUGAGAGAUGAAAACCUCAAGAUGGUGGCAGCGAUUUUCCAUCAUCAGCUUCCUGUUAGAGGUGUGGCUUCCUGCCUGGAUCAUGGCCCAGACAACGCCCCUACCCAGGGCACCACCCCCCCAAACCACAGAACGAGCGGCUGCAGUUCCGUCUGGUUGGGUACCCCGAAAGCACAACGAGGGGCGCAUCGAGGUCUUCUACAAGGGAGAGUGGGGGACCAUCUGUGACGACGACUUCUCUCUGUCCAACGCCAACGUCCUCUGUCGUCAGCUGGGAUUCGUCUCCGCUACGGGUUGGACACACAGCGCCAAGUACGGCAAGGGCCAAGGGAAGAUCUGGCUGGAUAAUGUGCAGUGUAACGGAGGAGAGAAGAGUAUUGACCUGUGUAAAUCUCGGGGUUGGGGCAACAGUGACUGCACACACGAUGAGGACGCUGGAGUCGUCUGCAAGGAUGAGAGGCUUCCUGGGUUUGUCGACUCCAACGUCAUCGAUGUGCAGGUGGAUGAGGACAGGGUGGAGGAGGUGCGUCUGCGCUCGGUGGUGCCCACCAAAAAGAUGCCCGUCACCGAGGGCGUGGUAGAGAUUAAGUACAAGGACGGCUGGGCCCAGAUCUGUGAUGUGGGGUGGACCCCCACAAACACUCGGGUCAUCUGUGGUAUGUUGGGGUUCCCCCAUGAGAGAAAGGUCAACAAGAACUUCUACAAACUGAACACAGAGCGUCAGAAGCACCGGUACCGCCUCCACUCUGUGGCAUGUGUUGGCACUGAGGUCCACCUGGCAGCCUGCCCCCUGGAGACCAACAAGGGUAAUGCCACAGAGUCGUGUGAAGGUGGCAUGCCAGCCGUGGUCAGCUGUGUACCCGGACCCCAGUACGUACACAACAGCGGCCUGAAGAAGAAGAAGCUCAAAACUACGAGCACGGUGAGGCUGAAGGGUGGUGCCAAGCUGGGUGAGGGCAGAGUAGAGGUGCUGAAGAACAAUGAGUGGGGCACGGUGUGUGACGACCGUUGGACCCUGCUGUCAGCCAGUGUUGUGUGCAGGGAGCUGGGCUUCGGAUCUGCCAAGGAGGCCCUGACUGGAGCUCGCAUGGGAGAAGGGAUGGGUCCUAUCCACAUGAAUGAGGUCCAGUGUCUGGGGACGGAGAAGUCGAUGUGGAACUGUGGCUUUAAGAACAUAACCUCAGAGGACUGCCAGCAUGUAGAAGACGCCGCUGUGAGGUGCAACACGCCAUACAUGGCUCUGGAGAACUCGAUCCGCCUGACAGGGGGCCGUACGCGGUAUGAGGGGCGGGUGGAGGUGCUGAGCACAGAGGCUAACGGGACCAGGAGCUGGGGCCUGAUAUGUGGAGGGGCCUGGGGCACCAAGGAGGCCAUGGUGGCCUGCAGACAGCUGGGGCUAGGCUACGCUAACAACGGCCUGCAAGAAACAUGGUACUGGGACAGCAGUAACGUAACAGAGAUGGUGAUGAGUGGAGUGAAGUGUACAGGGAGCGAGAUGUCUCUGAGCCACUGUCAGCAUCACAAAACCGUCAGCUGUCAGAAGACAGCUGCUAAGUUCUCUGCUGGCGUCAUCUGCUCAGAGACUGCGUCUGACCUGGUCCUGAAUGCUCCCCUGGUCCAGCAGUCCGUGUACAUUGAGGACCGCCCACUCCACAUGUUGUACUGCGCAGCAGAGGAGAACUGUCUGUCUAAGUCUGCUGCUAGUGCUAACUGGCCCUACGGACACCGCCGCCUGCUACGGUUCUCCUCUCAGAUCCACAACAUCGGACGGGCCGACUUCAGGCCCAAGGCCGGUCGCCACUCCUGGGUCUGGCACGCCUGUCACGGGCACUACCACAGCAUGGACAUCUUUACCCACUACGACCUGCUGUCAUCCAAUGGGACCAAGGUGGCUGAGGGACACAAGGCUUCCUUCUGUCUAGAGGACACCGAGUGUCACGAGGGUAUCUCUAAGCGGUAUGAAUGUGCUAACUUCGGAGAGCAGGGCAUCACCGUGGGGUGUUGGGACCUGUAUCGCCAUGACAUCGAUUGCCAGUGGAUCGACAUCACCGACAUCAAACCAGGAAACUACAUCCUACAGAUUGUGAUCAAUCCAAACUUUGAAGUGGCAGAGAGUGACUUCACUAACAACGCCAUGAAAUGCAAUUGCAAAUACGACGGCCACCGGAUCUGGCUUCACAACUGCCAUAUGGGUGAUGCCUUCAGUGAGGAGGCAGAGAGGAAGUUUGAGAAAUACCCAGGACAGCUCAACAACCAGAUCUCAUAAUCUGCCUAGCAACACACCAAUCUCAUCAGACCCCUAUUGUACAAACAAAAAAAGGGGGUGGCUGAUGCGUCUAACCAUGUUCAACAAUGGGAUAACCAAUCACCUGCCAGAAACCCAAUUCAUUAUCAUAUCCCAAACCAACCAACCAAUCCCAACCAACAUCAUUAAAUCACAAGCAACAUUCCACAGGGCAGCAGUCAGCAAGUGAUCUUGGACCAGGAUUCAAUCCGAACGCAUUUUGUCGACCAAUGCACAUUUUAAUAAAAGGUAUUGUUUCCUGCGUUUGCAGAGACCGCAUUCACGGUAAAACGCUCCGUAUGUCGGCUUCAAAUGACCUUUAAAAUGUCAAGCUCGCUCUACCGCGGGUCAGAUUGAAUCCAGGCCUUGACAGGAGGAUCCGUGUUAUAUGGUGAAUCAUGUGUUGGUAUAUGUUACAUUGUGUCAUAUAGUGAAUGUGUUGGUGUAUGCCAGUGUUAUUGUUAUUAUACUUGAAUACUUAGUGCUCUAAGAUUUUAUUUUUUAACAAACUUAUUUCAGAUUUUGUUUUUGUUCAAACGUGAGUAUAUUAUGCUAAAUUCUGUCACAGAAGAACAAGUCAUAUGAUAUCAUACUGGUCUUAAUGAAUGUUUGACUGAUUGAUGUCUGACGUUCAACCUUUACAUUCAUGUUUUGUUAAAGUUAUGAAUUAAGUUUUUAUUUUUUUUGUCCAGUCUGUAGUUUUGAAAGGUGACCCAGAGGUGUAUUCACUAGGAACCAAGCAGAAGCAAACGAAAACAGGCGAAGGACCUACCUACAUUUGUCCAAUAUAAGCUCUUUGGUUUCGUUGCAAAACGUUUUCUGUUGUUUUGCUACGCUGUGCACUAA